ACGUGGCUCGCGGCACAGCUGGGAAGGGGCCCCGCUUGCUGACGCCCCUGGCGGCUCCUGGGUGCUUUUCCCUCCCUUGCUCGCCGCUUUGCUUUAUUUAUUUUUUUUGUAGCUGGCGGAGGAAGAGGCGGCAGCCGCGCGUCGAUGCGGCUGCUGACCGCAGGGAGCUCGGCGGCGGAGGAAGGAGGAUGCGCCCAGCCCCGGAGCCAGCGCCCCGGGGCAGACCGGCGGCGGCGGCAGCAGAGCGCGCGCCAGGGCGCCCCCUAGGGCAGCAGCAGGGGGCGCAUCGCGGGCAGCGCAGGAGCCUGGCGGCCGGAGGCGGAGGGCGCCCACGUGGGGCGCCUCCUAGGGGAGUCCCAGCGGAGGGAGGGCGCUCACCGCAGGCCGGCCCGUCUCAUUUGGCCGGGGAAGUGCCAGGCGCGCCCAGCCCUCGCCGCGGGACCGACUGGAGGCGCCUGCUGGGGCGCAGGGAGCUCCCGUCGCGGGCACCGCCUCCUGCGGCUGGCCGGCUGGAGCUGGGCAGCCACCCCCCGACAUGUUCACGCGGGCUGUGAGCCGGCUCAGCAGGAAGCGGCCGCCGUCAGAGAUAAAUGACAGCGAUGGCAACCCAAGCAGCAGCCAACAAACCCUAAAAGGAACCUCAAAGUGGACUACAUCACUAGAGAACCUCCUAGAAGAUCCAGAAGGAGUGAAACAAUUUAGGGAAUUUUUAAAGAAAGAAUUUAGUGAAGAAAAUGUUUUGUUCUGGUUAGCGUGUGAAGAAUUUAAGAAAAUGCAAGACAAGAAACAGAUGCAAGAAAAAGCUAAAGAAAUUUACACGACUUUCCUGUCCAGUAAAGCUUCCUGCCAAGUCAAUGUUGAAGGGCAAUCCCGUUUGAAUGAGACGAUAUUGGGAGAACCUCACCCACUAAUGUUUCAAAAGCUGCAGGACCAGAUAUUCAAUCUCAUGAAGUAUGACAGCUACAGCCGCUUCUUAAAGUCAGACAUAUUUUUAAAACACAAGAGGGCUGAGGAACAAGAAGAGAAUUCAUCGGAAGCUCAAACCGUAGCUAAAAGAGCUUCAAGGAUUUACAACACAUGAUCCAAAGAAAUCCAUUCAGACAAGCAACAAAAAAUAACCUAACUCUCAGGAACAGUCUUUGGGUCUAUAACUGUUGCAUUUAAGGCUUGACAAGCACAAUACCCUUUUAGGGGAUAUUUACCUUCUUAAUUGCUUGAACAACUAAUUUGUUUUUGCAUGAUGGCUAAUACCAAACACUCUUGAAAAUAUCAUUUUCUAAGCUAAAAUGCUGAGGUAUCCCUAUGUAGCAUGAAUUACAUCCCAUAUUUCAGAAAUUAAAAUGUUUUCCAAUCACUGUGAUUUUGGGAGGCAUCACAAACAUGAGAAAUGGAAGAUAGGGUUGCUUUUGCCUCCUGAUUUUAUAGCUAUCCUGUGUGUACAUUUGUGAAGCCAAUGCAGAGCAGCAUUUCUGGUAACUCUGUGGAUGAGUCAUACAUUGAAUACUAUUAGGGGGCAGUGUAAUUUAGGGUUACUCCUAAUAAAACCCAGUUUCAGUCCUCCCAAAUGUAAAUCUCUUCUUUGAAACUAAUCUGUCUGUGAGACUUUGAAAAGCAAUUUCAAUUUUGACUUUGGAAACUGUGGGUUUGCCUUUAUUAUUGAAGCAGAAGGCUUGGUUUGUUGGUCAGGAUUUUCAUUACUGUAUUUCUUUGAUUUCAUGAUGUUUCCCACAACAGCCAGCCAGCUUCUUCAGAUGACAGAGGCUAACCGCCAGCCUUGACAGAAAUAACAUGUCAACUUUAAAAACACAAUAAAACCUCUAGUGUUUUCAUAGCGCCUAAACUAUAAUGGAACAAAAGCACCAAAAUAGGAAGGAUUCCUUCAAAGCACUCAAGAAGCUAUAGGAGAACUGAUACCCGUUGCCCACUUCUGGACAUCACACCUUCAGGUUGGCUCAGCACUUCAACCAGCUAGCACACUUAUUCUGAAGUCACAUGCAAGUACUAGUAAGCAUUAGGUCUUCCCCAAACUUCCUGAGGAAUUGUGCCCUGGCUGCCAGGAGUCCUUCUGCAGAGGCACAAAACAACAGUUUUCAACUUCAGUCUGGCUUUGCUAAAAUUGAUUGGUCACAUACUGUCUGAUUUUGUUUUCCCCCAAAAAGUGUUUUAGGUUUUCCUCUGUGCAGAUGUUGGGAAGUCCAACAGAACUGUGAAUUCUCAUUGUGAUUUUAGCCAUUUCCACUCCAUGCUUGAGAUGAAGGACAGUUUAUAUCUGCCCUGAGAAAAUCAACGUGCAAUGAUGAAAUGUUAGGAUAAUAAAGGAAAAUGCUGGUGGAAAUCGCCACCAAAGAGUUCUCUUUGUCCGUCUGGAGCAGUUUGGGAAGUGAAAAGCAUUUUUGCCGUAAAUGUUUAAUGUGUUUAUAUUUUUUUGAAUUCAUUAAUUCAAUGCCAAAGUACUAAAAUGCCAUUUGGAAUUGGGAGAACAUAUUGGCUGGCAUGUUUUAUUUACAAGCUUCGCCAUGUGUCAUCUAGCUCUGACUCACAUUGACUCACUAUUUACUCAUUUUUUUGUGUUAGUGCAGGCUUUUCUUGAGCUUGUAUUAAUGAGCUGUCUAGUCAGAUUGCACAAUUAAUUUUGAUUAUUUUAAAAUUCUCUUUCUCAGGAAGGUGAGUUGUAUAUAUUCAUUACUGUUGCUAUCAACAUCUUAAAAGCCAGGGGUAGGUUGUAAUUUUCUAGGAGGAAAACUUUCUAUAUUGCCUUAUGACAUACGACACUGUCUUUCUCUAAGCCACCUUUAUAGCCUAUGUCUAAAGAAAAUGGCUGCUGUGGUCUCUUCUCCCACUUAAUCCAUUCAUAUAAUGGUAGUGGGAGUUCUGAAAACUUAUCAAGGAAUAAAGAGAUUUGUUAGUUUUUAGGGAAUUAAGCAGGAGGGCUAUCUUUCAAUUUGCACUUUCUGAGCUGUAGGUCAGAUGCAUUGAGUACAUUUUCCCAUCAUAUUUACAAAGGAGAAAAUGGCAGAACCAAAGGUUUAGGACCAUGAUUCAUCAGUUUUCAGUGGGACGUCGACUCAUGCUGAAAGUAAAGCAUGUAUUUAAAUGCUUUGUUGAAUAAGAAUGUAUUUAAACACAUGUUUAAAUGCUUGACUGUAUUGGGGACUAGGUGAGUAGUUAUAAUCCUCCUCCCUGCAGCCAGUUGUUAUCAUGCUAGAUCUUCUAAUUAAAAUAAUUUUGGUUAUGUAACUGCCACAUCCUAGCCCCAAAGAACACAGGGUGAAAUCCUGGCCCAUUGAAGUCAACUGACCUCAGUGGAGCCAAGAUGUCAGACACAAUCUACUUCUAAGGUCAUAUACAUCCGUUUAUUUUUGUUUGAUAGGACUUACUUAAACUUUUCAGUUUAUGCAAAGAUAUUUUUUAAACUUUGACAGAAUGAGCUGGGUUUCCCAUGCUGAAAGCAUUUGCCAGAUUCAGCAUGUUCAUGAUUAGAAAGUGCAUGUUAUUCUUAAUCUUUUAUAGGAAGGGUGGCAUUGGAUGAAAUUUAGCUUUUGUCCAAAUGUUUGCCUGUCAAAUCUUUUGAGGGAUGGGCCCAAACCAAGCCCCUGGAACUCAGGAAAGAUGAAAUCUGCAUCCAACAUUUACAGCGUGGACUUUGGUUUAUAAUUCUCAUUAUUAUUAUUUACAUUAGAGUAGUGCUGAAAGGUCCCAAGUUGCGGGGAACCCCUCUCAUCAUGCUAGGUGGUACACAGUCCCUGCCCCAAGAGCUUGCAGUCUAAAAGACAAGACAUAUAAGUAAUAAUAGACAACAAACAAGCAAAACAUUAAAGGUGAUGUUAGAUACACCUCUUGGGAAUAGCUAAGUUAGGCCCCGGUCCUACAAACGCUUAUGCACAGCUGUAACUUUAUUCACACAAAAUUUCCAUCAAUAGAACUUACAUGAGUACAGUUACAGUUGUGACAUCCAGGCUACCCCUGGCUACAUUGCUAUUUUUAGCACAGUAGCUCAAGCAUUGCAGAGUGAGUGUCUGCCUUCCCACACUUGAGGGAAGUGUCUUCAUUAUGGGGGUAAGUCGAUCUAAGUUACGUGAAUAACGUAGCUGGAGUCGACAGCUUAGGUCUAUUUACCCCAGUGUCUUCACUGCGCUGCAUCAAUGGGAGACGCUCUCCAGUCGACUUCCCUUACUCUUCUUGGGGAGCUGGAGUACCGGGGUUGAUAGGAGAGCCCUCUGCCAUUGAUUUAACGGGUUUUCACUAGACCCCCGCUGGUUCUGGGGUGGUGCAUGGGUGGUGGCCCACUGCCCAGGACCCCCACUGGUGCUGGGAGGGGGGUUGGUGGAGCCAACAGGCUCCCUACCUGGCUCUGUGCCUCCCUGGAAGCAGGACAUCCCCCUUGCUCAGCUCCUAGGUGGAGGUGUGGCCAGGUAGCUCUGUGCACUGCCUCUGCCCAAAGUGCCAGCUUUGCAACCACAGCCAAUGGGAGCUCUGAGGGUGGUGCCUGCAGGCAGAGACAGCAUGCAGAGCUGCUUGGCUAUGCCUCUGUCUAGGAGCUGAGUGAGGGGGAUGUUGCCACUUCCAGCGAGCCCCCCGAGGUAAGCACUGCCAGAGCCCGCCUGACCCAGUCCCGUCCCAUCCCGUGCCCCAGCCCCCUCCCACACCCAAACUCCUGCUGCUGCUGGGGGAGAGGGUGCAGUGGCCUGAGAUUGCCCCAGCAGCAGCUAAUGCAACUGACACAGGGGCUUCCUGAGCUGCCGCCGGGCCAGGCACACCAGCCACUGCAGAAGUCACAGAGGUCAUGGAAAGUCACAGAAAGUCAUGGAAUUUGUGACCUCUGUGACAAACCCACAGCCUUAGUAAUUACACAUGUGAAAUAUAUUUAUGAUUACUCAUAUAGUUUUCCAAAUAGAUGGGCAAGGUAGAGAAGUCUUCAACUACAGUUUUUCUUAAAAUUAAAGAAAAAAAUUAAUACAGAAAACUUAAGUAUGAAUCUAGGCAUUAUGAGAAGAAGUCAGACUAAUAGAAAUGUAUUUAUUUGUGUCUAAUUUUUU